AGCGGGUGAACCGCGGACCCCGCCGGUGGCGUGAGCCCAUUGGCCACCUGGGCAAAGAGUAAAGGAACCGGGUUACAGUACUCCGAAGUCGUGGAAGCACCUCCAGCUCUCUGUCCAGAGCGUCAGUCAGUCCUGCGCAGCGAGCGAACAAGACUAAGCCAUCUGCUCACUUUGGGAGCGGAGGACUUUUCCUCACUCAGGUUUGGAUACAAUUUCUCACUCCCUGGGAAGGUUUUCUGUCUCUGCCUAUGUCAGGAGAGGAUCCAGGACCAGGAAAGAAGAGCUCAGGAUGAAAGCGAAAGGCAGAGGAAUCGCCUGCUUGCUGGUCUCCUUCGCUGUGAUCUGCCUGGUGGCCCCCCCCGGGGGCGGGGCCUGUCCUCGCCGCUGUGCCUGUUACUUGCCCACAGAGGUGCACUGCACCUUCCGGUACCUGAGCGCCGUUCCAGACAGCAUCCCGCCCAGUGUGGAACGCAUCAAUUUAGGGUACAAUAGCUUGGUCAGAUUGACGGAAACAGAUUUUUCUGGCCUGAAUAAACUGGAGUUACUGCUGCUGCACAGCAAUGGCGUUCACACCAUUCCCGCUAAGACCUUCUCAGAUUUGCAGGCCUUGCAGGUCUUAAAAAUGAGCUAUAACAAAGUUCGAAAACUUGAGAAGGAUACUUUUUAUGGCCUCAAGAGCUUGACACGGUUGCAUAUGGACCACAACAAUAUUGAGUUUAUAAACCCAGAGGUUUUUUAUGGACUCACCUUUCUCAGACUGGUGCACUUGGAAGGAAAUCGGCUCACUAAGCUCCAUCCAGAUACAUUUGUCUCUUUGCGCUACGUCCAGAUAUUUAAGACAUCUUUCAUUAAGUACCUGUACUUGUCUGAUAAUUUUCUGAGCACUCUCCCUCAAGAGAUGGUCUCCUAUAUGCCUGAUCUGGAAAGCCUUUACCUUCACGGGAACCCCUGGACCUGCGACUGUCAUUUAAAAUGGUUGUCUGAUUGGAUACAGGAGAAGCCAGAUAUAAUAAAAUGCAAAAAAGACAGAAGUCCCUCCAGCCCUCAGCAAUGUCCGCUUUGCACGAACCCCAGGAGCUCUGAAGGCAAGCCCUUAGCUACGGUCCAAGCUGCAGCUUUCCUGUGUGCCAAGCCAACCAUUGAUCCAUCUCUGAAACUGAAGCGCCUGAUGAUUCUGGAAGACAGCGGUUCUGUGUCCAUCUCUCCCCAGGAUUUCAUAGUACCCUUCGGCUCCCUCACUUUGAAUAUGACAGACCAGUCUGGAAAUGAAGCUACCAUGGUCUGCAGUAUCCACAAGCCCUCAAGCACACCAUCCAUUGCAUUCACACAAGAAAAUGACUACAUCAUGCUAAAUACAUCAUUUUCCACAUUUCUGGUGUGUAACAUUGGUGACAGCCACAUUCAACCAGUGUGGCAAAUUCUGGCUUUGUACAGUGACUCUCCCCUGGUACUAGAAAGAAGCCAUUUGCUCACUGAAACACCACAACUCUGCUACAAAUAUAAACAGGUGGCUCCGAAGCCUGAAGACGUCUUUACCAGCAUAGAGGCUGAUCUCAGAGCAGACCCCUCUUGGUUAAUGCAACACCAGAUAUCCUUGCAGCUAAAUAGAACUGCUACCACGCUCAGUACGUUGCAGAUCCAGUACUCCAGUGAUGCUCAAGUCACUUUACCACGGGCAGAGAUGAGGCCAGUGAAACACAAAUGGACCAUGAUUUCCAGGGAUAACAAUACUAAGCUGGAACGCACUGUUUUGGUUGGUGGGACAAUUGACUUAGACUGUCCAGGCCAAGGAGACCCCACUCCACAUUUGGAGUGGCUUCUAGCUGAUGGGAGUAAAGUGAGAGCUCCCUACGUUAGUGAGGAUGGACGAAUCCUAAUAGACAAAAGUGGAAAACUGGAGCUGCAGAUGGCGGAUAGUUUUGACACAGGUAUCUACCACUGUAUAAGCAGCAAUUAUGAUGACGCAGAUAUUCUCACCUACAGGAUUACUGUGGUAGAGUCCUCCAUAGACUCGUAUCACGCAAAUGGAGCUCAUCAUACCAUUUUCGUGGGUGAAACACUUAACCUUCCAUGCCAUUCUACUGGUAUUCCAGAUGCCUCUGUUAGCUGGGUGCUUCCAGGAAACACUGUGCUCUAUCAGUCCUCAGGAGAGAAGCAGAUUCUUAACAACGGCACACUAAGAAUACUACAAGUCACCCCAAAAGACCAGGGUCUUUAUCGUUGUGUUGCAGCCAACCCAUCAGGAGUCGACUUUUUGAUUAACCAAGUAUCAAUCAAAUUAAAAGGGCCAAGGCCAGAGGAGCAUAAUGUAGAAACAGAUGGGUCUGGACUUGAUGAGUUCAAGCCCAGCAUUAACCGUAAGGACCCGCCAGUGGCACAGCUCCCUCUGUCUGCUCCAGCGGGAGGGGAGGCUGGAGAACAAGCCUUGAGCCCAAGUAAAAAGCACAGCUAUCGGGAGUUUAUAUUCCGGCGGCGUGGAGACUCAACACACCGACGUUUCAGGGAGCACAGGAGGCCGUUCCCUCCCUCUGCUCGGAGAAUUGACCCACAACGCUGGGCGGCACUUUUGGAGAAAGCUAAAAAGAAUACGAUGCCAGAGAAGCAAGAAAAUACCACAGCAAAGCCACCUCUGCUGAAAAUAACUGGUGAGGAAGGAGACUCUUCAGGCAUGCUCCCUCCAGAUGAGGAAUUUAUUGUCCUGGCAACUAAUGUUCCCCAUGUUCUGGCAAGGACAGUGACUGUCGAUUCCAGAAAAAUACCUGACAGCCCUGUGACGACUGCAACUGCUGGUACCGAAGUCUCUCCAAUUGUGAGUCCGCAAAUGUUACCACCUGAAAAAAUGAUAGAUGUCAAACUAUCUACUACUAUUAAGACUACAGCCAUGUCAAAGAACUUAAAUACAUCAAGCAAAAUACGAGGCACACACCACCAAAAUUUAUCCACUAUCUUUUCUCUACUACCUGAAACAACUCAAUUGCUGGAUAUUGAUGACAUGGGGUGGAGAAGAGAGCAUUUGCAAAGUGCACCCCCGAUAACAGUGGGGUCAGUGACCAGAGAUGUCCAUACGAACGUGCUCAGUAGUGCCAAGAGCAAAGCUGAUACAUUCUUAGGAUCAAAAAAUGCCACGAAUGGGCAUCAGACAUCUGUAGCAGGAGGCAGUGAACCCAGGAGCAAUCACUUCUCUUCUCUCAUUCCUCAAAAGCCUGGGACCUCAAGGCUCCCGUCAGGCCCACACCCUGCUGCCCAUUCUCAGGUGCAGAUCCCUACACGUAACACAACUGAUAUUCCGUUGUCCAGACGCUUUGGAAGACGGAGGAAACUUUGGGGCAGGGGGCGAAUUAUCAGCCCCUACAGAACUCCGGUUCUCCGACGGCACAGAUAUGGCUUUGUGAGGCCAACAGCCAGAGGUUCUUCUGAAAAAAGCAGCACUGCGUUUUUGGCCCAAGCGCUCACUGCAGGGUGCCCAUCCUGUUCCCCCAGCGAAGGACUCACCACGGCUGCAGCUGCCUUGUCUUUUCCAAGUGCUUCCCCCAUCACCCUCCCCAAAUCUGACAUGGCCAUAGUCACAUCAGAAGAGUUGACAACUCUAGCCCACCAUCCAUCAUUGCUAUUUGAGAACAAACCAAAUGUAGACAGGGAGAAAACAAAACUCACAAUAAAGUAUCUCAGUGCUGAAAGUACCCAAAUGACUCCAAGUGGUACAGUCAUGACUCCUGCCCCAACAUCUGUAUCUAUGGAAGAAACUCCCACGACAAAUAGCGGUUACCCAGGUGUGCCUCACACCCGCGAAGCUAAAAGAGACUCAAUAAUUAUAUUGCCACUUCCAGGUCCCACCACCAAGCCAUCUAUGCCUACCACUACAGCCAUUACACGAUUUUCAGGAAGGAAAAUUCCCUGGCAUCAGAUGUUUGUAAAUAACCAUAACCAAACAGAGAGCUUAAAGAGUCAGCAUAAAUUUGGUUCACCAAAAAGCACAGCUACGGUGCUUCCUAAAAUAUCUCCUGCUUUACCCCCAGAUAAAGCUUCCCCCUUCCACUUCACAACACACUCAGCAAAUGGGAUGCACAUUCCCUCUAUAACAUUGGCUACAACUCACCACAGUACCCCCAAAACACACAGUCCUGUGAGUCUCCCUACAAGGAAGGAGCUGCCCUUCCUACCCGUUUACCCUACACUUCCUGGUAUAAGCAAGGAAUCAAGUACAAAUUUCCUAUCAGUGCAGACAGCCACGCUGACAGCAACUCCUACUGCACCUGCAUCUAUCACAAUCAAUAAAAUCCAAAUAGCCAGGCCCAGGACACAAAAAGUACAAAGCCAAAAGGAGCCUCAGAAGAACAGGAAUGACCCAAACAGCUCUCCAGCCCAGAGUUCUGGCUUCACUACAUCCAUGGCUAUGACAUUUCCUGUUCCAACUGCAGCAGAAACUUCAACCAAGCCCAGCAUCUCUGCUUUCACUCACCACCCCCUAGAAAACGCCAAAGGAAUUUCAAGCACAAUUGAUCUUUAUCCAAGAACACUUAAUCGGACAGAUGUAAUUGAAGGAUCACCCCAAGAGACUCACACUUUGAAGAGCACAACUGCUUCUGAAACCACUCUGUCCAGCAAACUCCACCCGAGGACCACAGCCAGGAACACAACCAUGAGACACUCAACGGUGCCACCAUUCCUGAGCAGCAAUCACACUCCACUGCCAAUUCCCACCUCCCCUCCCUCGAGUAAUCAAAAUGCAGUUACUCACAAUGAGGCAACUCCCGUUUUCUGGAUGAUGACAAAUACAAUGGUCAAAUCACAUGAACCCUCAAGGAACAAUGCUGAUCCACAGCAAUCUGCAGCAAAGGUGGUUGCAACAUCUCCCAGGGUUCAUCCAAAUGCCAAGUUUACUACUGGAACCACUGACUUUAUCUACUCCAAUCUGUUACAUUCUACUACUAUGCCAGCACUAAUAACAGUUAAACCACUGAAUUCUAAAUUGACUCCUUCUCUCUGGUCAGAAAACCACUUUUGGCCCAGGUCAUACCCAGAAAAUGCUGAAAAAGGCAAAAAGCUGGGAGUGAGCAAGUUGCCCAAUCUGGGCUUGCCAGAGGACACCACUCAUGCUUCAAAUUGGGACGUACAGAAUACUGCACAGAGUGACUUUGAUAAGACACAGGCUCAAAAAAUAACAACUUCUGAACUCCUUCCCUUUGACCCUUUGUCUAGGAAUAUAUUCACAAGGCCCAGAAUAGUUGGAGGGAAAGCGGCGAGUUUUACUGUCGCGGCUAACUCAGAUGCCUUUCUUCCUUGUGCGGCUCUUGGGAAUCCCCUGCCCACCAUCCACUGGACCAGAGUCUCAUCAGGACUUGCUUUGUCUGAAAGGAAACAGGAUAGCAGAUUCCGGGUGCUCCCCAAUGGCACCCUGUACAUACAAGGGGUGGCCGUUCAGGACCGUGGACAGUACCUGUGCUCAGCAUCCAAUCCUUUUGGCACAGACCGCCUCCAUGUCACCUUGUCCGUGGUUUCCUAUCCCCCCAGGAUCCUGGACAGACGUACCAAAGAGAUCACAGUCCAUUCUGGAAGCACGGUGGAACUGAAGUGUAGAGCUGAAGGUAGGCCGAGCCCUACGAUUUCCUGGAUUCUCGCAAACCAAACAGUGGUCUCAGAAUCCGCCAAAGGGAAUAGGCAGGCCCUCGUGACAUCUGACGGAACACUGGUCAUCCACAAUGUCAGUGUUUACGACCGGGGCUUUUACAAAUGCACGGCCUGGAACUCAGAUGGCCAGGAUUCACUGCUGGUUAAAAUACAAGUCAUUGCAGCGCCACCUGUUAUUCUAGAGCAAAAGAGGCAAGUCAUUGCAGGGAUUUGGGGUGAAAGCCUGAAACUGCCCUGCACUGCAAAAGGAACUCCUCAGCCUAGCAUUCACUGGGUUCUCUCUGACGGCACCGAAGUGAAACCACUACAGUUUAUUGAUUCCAAGUUGUAUUUAUUUUCUAAUGGGACCCUCUAUAUAAGAAACAUAGCCUCUUCAGACAGGGGCACUUACGAAUGCAUUGCUACCAGCUCCACUGGCUCGGAGAGAAGGGUGGUAAUUAUUACAAUGGAAGAGCGAGAGACCAUCCCCAGGAUAGAAUUUGCAUCCCAGACAUGGAAUGAGGUGAAUUUUGGGGACAAAUUACUACUGAACUGCUCAGCCAUUGGGGAACCCAAACCCCAAAUAAUCUGGAGGCUACCAUCCAAGGCUGUUGUUGGCCAGUGGCACAGAAUGGGCAGCAGAAUCCAUGUCUACCCCAACGGAUCCCUGUUUAUUGGAUCGAUAACAGAAAAAGAUGGUGGUGACUACCUGUGUGUGGCAAGAAACAAAAUGGGAGAUGAUCUGAUACUGAUGCAUGUUAGCCUAAGACUGAAACCUGCCAAAAUUGAUCACAAGCAACAUUUUAAAAAGCAAGUCUUUCACGGGAAAGAUUUCCAAGUGGAUUGCAAGGCUUCUGGCUCGCCAGUGCCCCAGAUCUCUUGGAGUUUGCCUGACGGAACGAUGAUAAACAAUGCAAUGCAAGCCGAUGACAGCAGCCGCCGGACCAGGAGGUAUACCCUGUUCAACAAUGGAACCUUGUACUUCAACAAAGUUGGGCUAGCAGAGGAAGGAGAUUAUACUUGCUAUGCCCAGAACACUCUAGGGAAGGAUGAAAUGAAGGUCCACCUGACGGUAGUAACAGCUGCCCCACGGAUCAGGAAGGGGAACAAGGCCAACACAAGAGUCCAGGCUGGAGACACAGCCAUCCUUGAUUGUGAGGUCACUGGGGAGCCCAAACCAAAAAUAUUUUGGCUGCUGCCUUCCAACGACAUGAUUUCUUUCUCGAAAGAUCGGUACACAUUUCAUGCCAACGGCUCUUUGUCCAUCCACAGAGUCAAGCUGCUCGAUUCUGGCGAGUAUGUGUGUGUGGCCCGAAAUCCUAGAGGGGAUGACACCAAAAUGUACAGGAUGGACGUUGUCUCCAAGCCUCCAUUAAUCAAUGGCUUGUAUACAAACAAAACUGUCAUUAAAGCCACAGCUGUGAGACAUUCCAAAAAGCACUUUGAUUGCAGAGCUGAAGGGACGCCAUCUCCUCAAAUCAUGUGGAUCAUGCCGGACAAUAUUUUCCUCACAGCCCCAUACUAUGGAAGCAGAAUCACGGUCCAUAAAAAUGGAACCUUGGAAAUUAGGAACGUGAGGCUUUCAGAUUCAGCCGAUUUUAUCUGCGUAGCUCGGAAUGAAGGAGGAGAGAGUGUGCUGGUGGUACAGUUGGAAGUAUUGGAGAUGCUGAGAAGACCAACAUUCAGAAAUCCAUUUAAUGAAAAAAUUGUUGCCCAGCUUGGAAAGUCCACAGCAUUAAAUUGCUCGGUUGAUGGAAACCCACCACCUGAAAUAAUCUGGAUUUUACCAAAUGGCACACGAUUUUCCAAUGGACCACAAAAUCCUCAGCAUCUGAUAGCAAGCAACGGUUCUUUUAUCAUUUAUAAAACCACCCGCGAUGACGCAGGAAAAUACCGGUGUGCGGCAAGAAACAAAGUUGGCUACAUUGAGAAGCUGAUCGUAUUAGAAAUUGGCCAGAAGCCAGUUAUUCUUACUUAUGCAUCAGGAACAGUUUACUGUAUCAGUGGAGAAUCCUUAUCGUUGCACUGUGUGUCUGAUGGAAGCCCUAAGCCAAAUAUUAAAUGGACUGUGCCAAGUGGUCAUAUAAUAGAUAGGCCUCAAAUUACUGGAAAAUACAUAUUGUAUGAAAAUGGCACCUUAGUCAUCAAAGAAGCAACAGCUUAUGACCGAGGAAGCUAUAUUUGUAAGGCUCAAAAUAGCGUUGGUCAUGCGCUGACUACUGUGCCAGUAAUGGUUGUCGCCUACCCUCCCCGAAUUAUAAAUCGCCCACCCAGGAGCGUCCUCACAAGGACGGGGGCAGCCGUUCAACUCCACUGUGUGGCCCUGGGAGUCCCCAAGCCAGAAAUCACGUGGGAGAUGCCUGACCAACCCCUGCUCUCAUUGACAAAUAAAGAGAGCACACAUGGCAUUGAGCCUUUUCACCCACAAGGUACCCUCGUCAUUCCAAAUCCCCAAACCUCAGAUUCUGGAAUAUACACAUGCACAGCAAAGAAUCUACUUGGGAGUGAUUCUGCAACAACUUAUAUUCAAGUAAUUUGAUAUGACAUAAAAAUGAACAAAGUCAACAUCUGGACAGAGUUUAUUUUUUGGAAGAAGUUUAAUCAAAGGCAGCCAUAGGCAUGUAAAUGAAUUUGAAUACAUUUACAAUAUUAAAUUUAUAUGGACAUGCAAAAAAAAAAAAAAAAGACUUGUAAAUAAAUGCAUUAUGAAC